UUCAUCAUGGGUGAAAUCAUUCCUAGGAAAUAUCGAUUCGCUACAAAAUCCUUUGUCUAUCUUUUCCAGUUUCCAACCUCCCGUUUCGGACCCGCCACGGCCUACGACUUUACUUCCCACACCAGAAAUGGAUGGCGCUGGUGCUACUACUAUCUAAUUAUAUGGCACCGUCUCGCCUUGGUCUUAUUUGCGGCCUUUUAUUUCUUACCUACUUUCCAGCGGAAAUAUGGCGAAGACAGAAUCAUCUAAUAUGUAAAGCGAUAUGACUACUUUGGGACAGCUUUAUUUAUUGGUCGGAUCGUACUCUUCUUUAUUGGCCUCAUAUAAAGUGGUUCUGUCUAUCCAUGGAAAUCUGCACAUGUUGUCGCGACGAUUGUGGUCGGCGGCGUCACGUUAAUCGCCUUUGGAUUGUACCGAACAUUCAUGCCCGUACCUGAGCCAUUUAUCCCUGUCAGAUUUUUCGAGAACGGACAGUAGGUAGCCACAGUCCUUGUUAUCGGCUUCUGUGGGGGCGUCUUUUAUGCUUUUGCGCUGGUGUAG